CUAAAACAUAAUACAGUGCAAACAAACCAAACCAAACCACCCACAGAUAACAGUACAUACAAGCAAGCGUCGUCAGGCAGGCCGGGUCAAUAUCAAUAGGGCAGGUAGGGUACAGGGGGAGCAAGCGGAGAAUGGUCGGGGUCACAGGCCAGGUUCAGCAGGUAGCAAGCAGCGUGGUACAGAGGGUAACAGGCAGAGGGAUGGUCAGGAGCGAGCCGGGAUCAGAGCAGGAGAAUUUCAGCAGCGGUUCAGAUCAGGCAGGGGUGCAGCAAAGGAAACAGAAACAGGAUGCAGGACUAGAUACAGGGCCAAGGACAAAACACAAACACCAAGGCAGAGUCCUGCAAGUCUGGACA